GCCAGCGCGCUCCCUCCGCCACACUGACAGCAGACAGCUGAGUCACAGAGUGUUCAAGAGACCCUCUCUCAUCACAGCAGGUAAACAGGGAGCGAAGGAGCUGCGGAGCCCGAGGACUUGACCAGACAGCAGCGAACUGUGGCCCCAGCCGCUCUGGAACCAUGUUGACGAUAACACUGAAGACCCUCCAGCAGCAAACGUUCAAGAUAAAGAUAGAGGCAGAAGUGACGGUGAAAACUCUGAAGGCGAAAAUAGAGGAGAACAGAGGGAAAGAUGCAUUUCCUGCUGCAGGACAGAAACUCAUCUAUGCAGGCAAAAUCUUGAAUGAUGACAUCCCAUUGAAAGAGUACAAAAUCGAUGAGAAAAACUUUGUGGUAGUCAUGGUUACCAAGCCUAAAUCAAACCUUCCUUCACAAAAAGCUCCUCAGCCAACUUCUCAACCAGCUGCAGCCUCAGCACUGCCCGCAACCUCAGCUACGGCCUCUGGUCCUGAACAAGCACCCUCCUCUCUGACACACACAGUGUCUGCGCCCACACCUGCCCCGCAGUCAGUGCCUCCUCCUGAAUCCCCAUCUUCAUCCCCAGUCCCAGAAAACACAGAAUCGCCUCCUGCUGAAGCAUCAGCAGCUCUCGACUCAAAUGUAACCCCAGACUUAGCUCCUGACUUGGCUCCAGCUGUCACUCCAGCCUCUGCGCCUUCUUCAGCCUCUGAAACUGAUCAAACAGCUUUGGCCACUGCAGACCCAGCCACUCCUGCUACGCAGCUAGAAGACAAUCCAAGGGAAAACCCUGAGAAUCAACCAUCCACCACAGCACCAAUGCGCUCUUCGGCUUCCAGCCUUGUUGAUGAACUGGGACACCUUGAAGAAGCAGCAUCAAUACUUGUGACAGGUCCGGCCUAUGAGAACCUGGUGUCAGAGAUCAUGUCUAUGGGUUAUGCGCGGGAGCAGGUAGUUAUUGCACUCAGAGCCAGUUACAACAACCCAGACAGAGCAGUGGAGUACCUACUGAUGGGUAUUCCAGCAGAGGCCAGUGAUCUGCCACCUCAAGAGCCAGUUAGACACAGUGUUUCAUCAAACCCCCCAAACCCUGCCACAGAGGCACCGCAGCAACCCCCAGCAACCUCUAACAAUAUUGGGUCUCCACAAGGGAGGUCUACAGUUGGACCCAUCAGGGAUGAUGUCGCAAAUAAUGAUAAGCAGCUCAUGCUCUCCCUAGCAGGGCCAGUGUCUAGCAGUCAGCCUCCCCCUGCUGGUGGAGGUUCUGUCCCCACAGCAAACCCUCUGGAGUUCCUAAGGAAUCAACCACAGUUCCAGCAGAUGAGACAGAUCAUCCAGCAGAACCCAGCCCUCUUGCCAGCCCUGCUGCAACAGCUGGGCAGAGACAACCCACAGCUGCUGCAGCAAAUCACACAGCACCAGGAGCGUUUUGUACAGAUGCUGAAUGAGCCUCGAGGCGGAGAAACGGGAGGCGAGGGCGCCGAGGCCCAAGGGUCUCCACAGACAAACUACAUCCAGGUCACACCACAGGAGAAGGAGGCCAUUGAGAGGUUAAAAGCGCUGGGCUUCCCUGAAGGCUUAGUCAUCCAGGCGUACUUCGCAUGUGAGAAGAAUGAGAAUCUGGCUGCUAACUUUCUGCUCCAGCAAACUUGGGACGAUGAGUAAGCAGACAACACCUGACACAUCACUGUUGGACAGAGGAUUUUGGGAGUGGGUGAAAGUGCAAUGCAAAAUCCGAUGGGGACGGACAGGGACGUGGGGAGGAAGACAACCUUUCUUUUCACGCCAUUGUGACUGUGGUCUGAUGAAGAUGGUGAUAAUAACAGCAAACGAUAUGCUGUUCAAAGUUCGCUGUGCUGCCUCCUCUCCAUGUGGUCAUCAAAGGAGCUCCCAUCGAGGUCUACCUCACUGCUGCUACAUUAUUACUGCUACCGCUUGAGCUAAGAGGAGACAUGUCAACUGUAUGCAUCAUCUUUUCAGGCUUUUACUGUAUGGAGAGUGUUUCUACUGCAGUCAGCUCACACAACAUGUGUUAGACUACUAUACACACACAGUAGACAUACUGCAUAGUGUGUUUGUAGUGAAUGUAUACACGUUAAAAACAAAUGCGUGUUCAAAAUCUUUCCAUGUUGGAUUUACAUGGAAAUGUGAUGCAAACUGUUGCCUUCACUGUUUUGAGAGCUAGCACUGCUCUAUAUCAAAGUUUAGACCUGGUCUGGUCAUUUAUUCAGCUUCUUUUGGCCAUUGGAAAGAAAAAUCUUUUAAAACAUCUUAAACCGAACAAGUCCAAACAGCACAGAUGUGUUCUCCAGGUGUGCUCCUGUGGUUCCAUAUUUGCUGGUAGAGCAUUUGAAACUGCCUGUUUCCACUGGCAAAAUAAAUGAAUUAAGAAAAGAUACAUAUCAAUUUGGAUUUUAAGUAAAAAUGUUACAAAUCAUAAUUUUUUAUAAAUGUAUCAUUACCCACUAUUAUCACUGAAGCAAGUAACGGUUAUAUUUCCAUAUUUUUAACAUUUUGACCUAAUUUCCCAUUUUUCCUUAAUUUUGUAAUAUUUUAUGUUCUAUGGGCUGCCAAAAAAAAUCUAGACAUUCAAAGGGAGGUCAAAUGUAUCUACUCUAAGUGAGCAUUUAACACCAUAAAAAGAAUAAGCGGUACGGUCACAGUAAAUAAUGCUGCCUUUUUAAGUUAACGUGUGUGUGCAGUAGUGAUGUGUUGUGUGAGUGAAGUGGUUCCCUUUGACUUUGGAUGACUUGUUGGUUCUGUUGUUUGAACAUGGAGGAAUUUGAAGGUUGUUGAUGAAGUGCCACUGUAAUUUGCAAGCUGUCAUGUUUUUAUUUUGAAAGAAAGGUUGUUUUCAGUAUUUCUGAGCUGGAAUGAACAGGCAUAGUCUACGUUCUAUUUUCAGCCAAUCAAGUUCUUUUGUGCUUGCUUCACAUUUUCUAUGCAUUUUAAAGCUGUAAGACUUUGAGCCAAUGCUCCUACAUGCCUUACUGGUAGACUUUACCAUACAGUGUUUCAGAUAUUUCAAAGAUCAGUGUUGUAGGAUUUGUGACCCCAAACUUUGAAUUAUUGAUCAUUUAUGAGUCAUUGCCUCAAAAGUGUUCUAAAAGAAAGCUGAAUAAGUGCUAGAAGCUAAAACCAACACACCAAAAAAUAUAUUUUUUCAGCAUUUAGCAUGUGCUUUGCUGCUUCUCCUGGUACUUUUCUAUAUUUUGAUUAAAUGGAACUGGCUGCAGCCGGAAGUAAACUGUGGGGGGAAGGCACUUGAAUGUGGUAUAUGCUGCGCUAGCUUGUGAGGAGUUGUUGGUUGCAUGAGUGAUGAAACCAACAGUAUCGUGUUGCUCUUAUCUCAGUUUAUCUGUUGUUUUCUUUUGAUUUUUGGUUUAUGAAAAUAAUUAAAAAAAAAUUACUUACAGCCUUAAAUACUCUGGUUGAGGUUUUGCUGAAUAUUUGGGGGGGAAAUUAACUUGUUCCACCAUUGUGUAAAAUAAAUUGCUUUUACAAAGUG